GACUUGUGGGUAUUUCUCCGUGUGCAAGAAAAUAAGAAAUUAGUAGAAUAGGCUUGAUUUGUAGCAGCACGUUGAGGUAGCUAAGCAUAAAAAUCCACUGUAUUUCUAUUCCCCUGCUCUCUGUUAAAUUUGAGUAUUGCGAUUUUUGAUUUAAAAAAGUAGUUAGGUUUCAACCCACAAUGAAUAAAGGAGCAAAUGUUGGAGGAGGCGGACCAACUGCUGCCGCCGCCGCCGCCGCAGCUCAAAAGCAGAAGAGCUUACUGCAGAGAGUGGAUGCUGAUAUUGGGAAUAUCGUUGAUAACUAUGGCUUCAUUGUUAACGCUGCACGGGUCAAUGAUCCACCAGUCAGAAAUUCACAAGAAGCAUUUAUGAUGGAGAUGCGUGCAUCUAGGAUGGUUCACGCAGCUGAUUCACUGCUUAAGUUGGUAUCGGAGUUGAAGCAAACAGCUAUGUUUUCAGGAUUUGCAUCCCUAAAUGAUCACGUGGAGCAGAGAACAGAAGAAUUUACCAAACAGACUGAAAAAACAGAAUGCAUGUUAUCUAGAAUUGGAGAGGAGGCAGCUGCUAGCCUUAAGGACCUUGAGUCACAUUAUUAUUCUUCUGCAGAAAGAACCAGUAGUCUGCUUUCUUACAACCAAGAAACAAUGCCCUAAACAUACCUACAAUCAUUUUGUUUCUUUCCCGUUGGUUUUCCCUCUCCCUCCCCUUGCCAAGUAUAUUUGUCUACCUUGAAGGUGGUUAUACUUAUUAUGAGGUUACUGGACAAACAAUCUAAUGAUGAGAAAUCCAAUUUGGUCCCAACCAACUAUUACUACUAUGAGGCCUUUUACAAGUGAAACAAACCUCAUUAAGUAGGUAUUUGUUAUAACAAAUCAACUGCAUUCUAGCUAAGGUACAUUUUGAGAAGAUUCAUGCUAAGCAAGGUGAGGAGAAUUAUUUGGUUGCAAGGUUCUCAUUAAAGUCGAGCAUGAAAACCACAUGAGCUAGUCUUUUAGGUAAUGAAAGGAAGUACAAAAAUACUCUUGUUUGAAUUGGUUCUUAAUUGCUAUCUCUAUUUUGUCUCUUGCUCUGCUUACUUGCAUUGAGAAGAUGACAUUCACGAUGUCUAUGUUUACACCCAAAGAUAAUACUUAUGUUGCUAAGAUUGCGGGAGUACAAUAAUUUUUGAAACUAAAUGUAUAAUGUAUUUAUUAUUUUACUA